AUGAGCAACACCUGGAUAUGGGGAAGUGUCCGAAAUGAUGAAAACAGGGGAUGGGAAGAUCAUGGUGGCAGCAGGACGUACCUGUCAGACCUUCAUUUUCGGCGAUUCCCCUUGAAAGCCAAGUCCACUGUGGACAAAGUUGUUCCUGCUGCUUUGUCUCCUUGCCUGUGGCAGUUGGGCUUCUCUAUUGGCCUUCCUGAUAAAACUCUUAUAAAGCCCUCAAUUUCCCAGUUAUCCCUUGCUAAUAAAUCUAGCAUGAAAAAACCAAAAGCCAAGGCACCACUUCCUCCCACUGAAACCAAAUACCUUGAUGCCGCUUCAGUUAAUGAUUCUGUAGAAUCCUCUGCUUUCAUCAUGGAACAGAAAGAAAGCAUGGUAGAUAAAGACAUUGAACUCUCAGUUGUUCUACCAGGGGAUGUUAUCAAAUCUACUACUGUUCAUGGAAGUAAACCUAUGAUGGACUUGUUGAUAUUCCUCUGCGCACAGUAUCACUUAAAUCCAUCAAGUUACACAAUUGAUCUGCUGUCAGCUGAAAAGAACUCCAUUAAAUUUAAGCCAAACACACCAAUAGGCAUGUUGGAGGUGGAGAAAGUAAUUUUAAAGCCAAAAAUUUUGGAAAAGAAAAAACCUACACCUAUAAUACCAGAGAAAACUGUGCGAGUGGUGAUCAAUUUUAAGAAAACGCAGAAGACAAUAGUGAGAGUUAACCCACAUGCAUCACUUCAAGAACUUGCACCCAUUAUAUGCAGCAAAUGUGAGUUUGAUCCAUUACAUACACUGUUGUUGAAGGACUAUCAGUCUCAGGAGCCCCUUGACUUGAUGAAAUCUCUUAAUGACCUGGGACUAAGAGAAUUAUAUGCCAUGGAUGUCAGCAGAGCCACUUCUGUUACUGCCUUCAAUAAGUCAUCUUUACAAGAGUCCUGCCAAAUAUCACAAAACUUAGACAUUAUGAAGGAGAAAGAAAACAAAGGUUUUUUCAGCUUUUUUCAACGCAGUAAGAAAAAGCGGGAUCAAACUGCAAGUGCCCCUGCAACCCCUCUCGUAAGUAGUAAUCGCCCAACUUUUACGAGAUCCAACACCAUUUCCAAGACCUACGUUUCAAACACCCUGCCAUCGGAUAUACCCAAGAAGAGACGGGCUCCACUGCCUCCAAUGGCUGCCUCUCAGAGCGUACCCCAGGAUCUUGCUCACAUCCAGGAGAGGCCGGCUUCUUGCGUGGUAAAAUCCAUGAGUGUGGAUGAAACAGAUAAGGCUACAAAUAAGAGUCCCUGUGGAGCAGGCAUAGUGAGGACAGGCUCUUUGAAGCUCAGUACCUCAUCCGUUGGGAAUUCGUCUUUGAAAAGGACAAAGCGAAAGGCACCUUCCCCACCCUCCAAGACAUCCCUGCCUCAAAGUGAUGAAAAUAGUCAUAUGACUGCCGGGCAGUCAGGACAUGCGGUUCAGGCAGACAGUGUUUCAGAAGCAAGCUUUCCCGAGGGGCUAUCCAGUCCAGAAGGCUCCCUUGGCCCUGGGCUCCCCAGUCACGAACAGUGCACUGUGCCCAAACAGGUGGAUGAAGCCUCUCUCUCCGAGUGCGUUGGAACGCCUGUAGCAUCUCUGACAUCUGGAAUAAGCUCUGAUUAUAGUCUUGAAGAGAUAGAUGAAAAGGAAGAACUGAGUGAAGUGCCUAAAGAUGAAGCUGGAAAUAUUUCGGGGAAGUCACAAGAUAUUUCUGUUAGAUCUACUGAUAUAAUAAAUACACUGAAAAAUGAUCCUGACUCAGUCCUUGGCAAUGAUACUGGAGAGUCCUCACAAAAUUCUAGAGAAGAAAAACAAGAAACUAGAAACACAGAUGGACAAGGACCACACUUGCUGGUAUAUAAUGCAAGCAAUGAAGAGAGGGUAGUUGACAGUUUGAGAAACUUGAAAUCGCUGGGCCCAAACCAAGAGAAUGAUCAAAGUGAAAUAAUUGCCAUUUCAAUGAGCACAGAAGAUAAUAUGAAAAAUGGAGUGAGGAGAACAGAAAUCAGUGUAGGAGGUGUUGCCAGAAAUGACAAUGUGGACAUGAAAGUUAACAGACUAUCAAACUAUCAGGCACAUAAAACUGAACCUGCUAGAAGUUACAAGGAAAAUCGUCUAGCUGCUUCAUCAGUACCAGACGAAAAACUGCAUCAGCCCAGUGCAGAAAAGACAAAAAUGCAAGAUGCAGCAAUUCAGACAACUCCUUCCUGUAACAGUUUUGAUGGGAAUCACCAACAUCAUCAUUUGUCUGACUUUAAAGUUGAUGAAAGUGUUCAAACUGCAAAUAACAACAAGCCAACUCACCAUUCGCCUGUAAGUCCCCGAGAUGCUGUAGAUACCUCAGGAGAAUCCACGAGUCAGGGCUCCAUCAUGGUACAUUCAGAAGAUCGGCUCACCAUAAAAGAUCCAAUUUGUGCACAUGGUAAGGAUGACCUUUUGCCUCCUGUAGACGGGAUUAACAACACUUCAACUUCUUAUGUAAAGAAUUAUCCAUUUUACAGACAAGACUAUAAUCCCAAGCCAAAACCUUCAAAUGAAAUUACAAGAGACUAUAUACCCAAAAUUGGAAUGACUACUUAUAAAAUAGUGCCUCCCAAGUCCCUGGAAAUAUUGAAAGAUUGGGAAUCAGAAACCACACGGUAUCAAGAAGAUCAGGAGAUACAUACUUCAGGAAAAAAGCACCUUCAAGAGAAUGUGAAAGAAACGGCAAUCCAAACAGAAGAUCGUGUUAUUUCUGAAAGCCCCGAGGAGCCGCAGAUAGAUCUGAAACCCAAGCGGAGCCCGAGCACAGAGCAUCCGGUGCACGAUGUGGAGAGCGCCCCCCGGAGCAUCAUGGCAAAUCCUGUGAAACCUCCUCCCAGGAUGAUGAGAGACACUGGCAUAGCUCCUUUUGUGCCGAAUUUGGAAGAUAUAAACAAUAUUUUGGAGUCCAAACUUAAAUCUCGGGUUUCAAAUCCCCAGGCGAAACCAAGUUCUUUUUUCUUACAGAUGCAAAAAAGAGUUUCAGGUCACUAUGUGACAUCGGCAGCUGCCAAGAAUGUCCACACUGCCCCUAACCCUACUCCAAAGGAACUAAUAAAGAAAGAGGUGGAAAGGGAUCCAAUCCCUCCUCCGGAGCAAACUCCUUGUCUCUUAAGUGAAACAACUCACUCGCCUCCACAGCCCCACAUUAAAAGCACUGAUGCUGGCCUCAGCAGUCCGAAGCCUACUGAAACCUCUCCUCCUCCCAUAGCUCCGAAACCUGUUCUUCCCGCAAGUCACGUCGCAGCACUAAAUCUGAAGACUUUGAAAACUUUUGGUGCUCCACGACCUUACUCGAGCUCGGCUCCUUCGCCCUUUGCCCUAGCCGUAGUGAAAAGGUCACAGUCUUUCAGCAAAGUGCGUACAGAGUCAAGUAGGGACGAUGUCUGUGCCGGGCCUCCAGCGGACACAGAGGAGGGGAAGAGUCUUUCCGUAAAUAAAUGUGUGGACAUCCCACAACAAAGUGUGAGUGAUAAGGAAAACAACUCUGCACAUAAUGAACAGCAUUCCCAAAGACCAUCUUCAACGGACUGCCCAUCAUUCACCCUUAAGAGACAAAGUUCUUUAACAUUCCAAAGCGCUGAUCCAGAAGAGAUCCGACAGAGUUUGCUGACUGCAAUCCGUUCCGGAGAGGCUGCUGCCAAAUUGAAAAGCGUUACUAUUCCAUCAAAUACAAUAUCUGUGAAUGGAAGGUCAAGACUCAGCCAUUCCAUGUCCCUUGAUGCCCAGGACAGCCAUUAAACGUUGCCCUACCAUACUGCGCUUCACCUCUUUCACUUCACAGAACAACUUUAUACUUAUGGAGAAUGUUGGCAAAUGUAUAUUCAGAUGUACACUAAUAUAUUAUCUAUUAAAGUGUAAGAAUUUGUGCUAAAGCUUUUAAUGCUAAAAGAAGAAUUACCAGAAUUUAUAAUUUAUAAUAUUUUUGAACUUUUUUUGCCUUAAGAGCUGAAUAUGCUGCUUUAGAACUUUCAGACAAGGUGUUCGUGAUUUUUGUUUUUUUCCAGAUGAGAAAUAGUCACCUUUUCUGAUUCUAUUUACUUAUUGACACAUUCUCUGCGAUGGUGACUUAGACAAAAGGAUAAGUUAAUAAUCAUAGACUUAUAUUUGUAUGAUACAUGAAUAACUAGGCGAACCUAGAUUUGACAUUGGCUGCCUCAGUAUCACAGUUUAAUUGAAAAUGUUUAUAAGUUAUAUUAAAGUCUGUUUUGUGCUGAAAGUAUGGGCUAGAAAACUAAUGAUAUCAAAUAAGUGUAUUCAGUUCAACUGUUAAUUUCAAUGAUGAAUCAUUUAGAGUGCAAGUCUUACCUUGUGCAUUCUUUGUGUAAUUAGAAACUCAGUGUGAAAUUUAUGGGAAGCACAUAGUAUUUUAAUAUUUUAUUAACAUGGAACACUUUUUUUUAAAUCUUUAGAACUUAAAUUGCACAAGGAGAAUUUUAAAUAUUUUCUGUAUGUAAUUAUGACAUUAUUGUUACACAGAUAAUACACAUUUUAUGUGCCGAAGCCUUAAAAAAUCUCUGUGAAAAUGUUGAUAUAUUGUGACAAUUAUUUCAUAUUUGACAUGUAGAGAGGAAUAGGGGUUAGUUUAUGUCCACAUUGGAAAACUUUAAAGAUUAGUUGGAGAUUCCAGAAAUCUGGUUUUAAUUAAAGUAAAAUGAUAAAAUAGUCAUUAUGUAGUUCAGUUGCUAAUAUUCUAAAUAAUAAUAUAUAUUUACAUUAAAGCUAAAACUGUUAAGUAAAACAAUGCCUAAUUUGUUGGCUAAUAACUGUUUUGGGGUCUAGAGUUUGUUGAUGUUUUAUUCCUCCUUUAAGAAUUUAAUUGUUCACUUAUUCUAAAAGCUUUGUCAAACAUGCUGAUAUUAAUAUUAAGUUGGUUUUCACUAAAGCUACUGAGAAAUCUGCCUCUUUGGAAAAUGUGUUGAUUUUUUCUCCCUGUUUAAUAAAAGCAAGUUAUAUA